AUUAUCCUCAACAUGCGAACUACUCUUUUGGCUGUGUGUCGGGAUGAAUCUUUACGCGUCUCGAGAGUUCGCAAAACCGAUCUUUUUUACCCCCGAGGUUCACGUUUCUUCCCAGGACUUUUGAUUGCUAGAAAUUAUACUGCCAUUGAUGUUGGUAGUGACUCACCAACGAGCAUGGGAUAUGAGAGUGUGGAAAACCUAGGCGUUAUUGAUCCUUAUUGCUCUCCCAGCAAAUGGCCUUCGUUCUUUUCAAGGGAUUUCUUCCGCACGCUGAGAGAAUAUUUACUUAACAAAGGAAAAAAUCUACAACAUCGCGUGCGAUUUAUGUCCGCCAAGGAGGGCGGUUUAAUAGGGAAGGUGGAAGCUCUGGAGAUGUACACCGAGAUGAACAAACAAUACUCUUUGGGAAACCUGAAAGCGUUGCGCAAUCUCGUCAGUGAUCCGAUAAAGAAAAUUUUUUUCUUCCAUUAUGAUUUACAACGUGGCGUAAAAAAGAAACUUAAAUUUGAGCUGAAAAAUCAUCGAGAGUACGACGGUAAAAUUUAUUGGCAGAUUCAUGGCGAUGCAAAGAAGCCGAAGUACGAAUGCAUUCGUUACAAUAAAGGAGAGGAUUUCUCCGUCGUGCAAUCAAUAUUGAAACUACACACAAAACAAAGCCUUGCAAUCUUUAAUCGGAAUGGAAAACUAAUUGGCGGAAAUCCAUUAAAAGUUUAUGAUGUAAUUGAAUAUGUAGCGUUCCAACGCAGAAUGAUUGAUAAGAAGAAAGGCAUAAGUGAGGGGUGGAAAAUAAAUGGUUACUAUAGUCGAGAUUUGCCAAAGUUCGCUGCAAAUUCAUAA